AUGUACUCGGCCUCUAAGUCUGAAGAGGAGGCUGACGAGAGACACACCGCGAUCAAGCUCGCCAUCAUCAAACGCGCCCACCCCAGGGACGUUCCAGACGUGAUCCCAGACGUCGGUGACCUUAUCUCCCGACACUCAACCAUGGUAGCCUCCAUUCGAGAGCCUCUAUGCGGCGGACAUUGCCAGAUUCCUGCAGGCAUGGCCUGGCCUGACGCCUUGAGAAAAGAGCAAUGUGGACGUCGCAGUGUCAUUCUUAAGUAA